AUGGCCCCCUCAAGGCCACCCCCUGAAGACCCUGAGUCGAGUGGUGGUCGUUCUGGUCUUUCGAGGAAGGCCCCUCGGUGGUCAGCAAUUCCAUGUGCGGCGCUGAUUGGUGUGGCUGCCAAGGCGUCGACGAUCCGGCAUGGAUCCGUUAGGACACAUCUUAAGCUGAUGUUGCCGGGUUAUGCAGCCGGGGUGGGAUGGCAGACGCUUGUUUUCGUUGUCGUCACUCGAUCGGGCGGGGACAGCAUGUUACUGGGGAGCUGA